AUGAACGGUCUCACCACUCCGCCCCUCAGUCCCGGCUUGAUCAAGAAACCCGUCCAGCUUCCUUCCCUCGACGUCAAGAUGGCCUCGCUCAAUCUCUUGGACCGCACUGGGCCCUUGACGGCUACCGCCACCUCGCCCUUCCACAUGUCGCCCAUCAUCGGUGCCACCCUACUCACCGCAGCGGCCAAGCUAGCCCGGAACGCCGAGCCCCCCAUCAUGUCCCCGACUUCUCCGCUCGUCAUGUCGCCCAUCCCGCUCAGCAAGUCUGCCUUACUCGGCGCAACCGCCGCUACCGGUCUCCAGCUCCCGCCCAAGAUGUACCACAAGAUUCUUUUUGAGGGACAGAUCCGUCCCGUGGCGAUCACUGCGUUUGAGGACCUCCUCUUCCUCACCCGCGUCGCCAAGUGGAAGGUGUCUUACCACGAGGGCCGUCCCUUCAACCGUUCCGAGCAGCUCCCUUACUUCGGGCGCGUCGAUGAGAAACUUGUCCGCCAUGCACUCGACCAGACAAUUGCCGAGAUCUGGGAUUCGGAAGACAAGCGUGACAUCGCCGAUCGCGCCAAGGCUGCAACUCUGUCCAACCUCGUUGUCUCCCCCUCAACCCCUCUCGGAGAGGUUGUCGGCGCCCUCCAGAAAGCGUUCGAGCUGUGCACAAAGAGCAUUGAGCGCUUUGGUGGUGCGGGCUUUACAUCCAUUCGCUCGAGCGGUGAAGCCAAGUCUGCCUUUGAGCUUACCCUCAAGCACCGCCCCGACCGUCUCGUCAUGGAGUGGCCCUCGAGCAUGGGCGAGCCCGACCUGCUUGCCGCCUUGACAAAGAACGCUGAGACCCUCCGCGAGACCGACACGGACCCCACCUUUGUCGACUUUGUCGCCUACCACGUCGGCUACGAGCUUCUCCGCUCCGGUGCCAAGCUUGACACCAAGGAUGCUCGCUGGCUCGGUACUCCCGGCUUCCGCAAGGACACUCAGACGUUUGUCUCCCUCACCGACCCGGGAGAGGGUCACAUCUUUGGCACCACUAGGCGUGCGCGCUGGCUCAAGGGCGCCAUCUGUCACGUCGAGCACCUCGAGCGUCCCGGCAAUCUGCCACGCGAGGAGAUUGAGUCAUACCGCAUUCCCUCCAUCUUUGAGUUUGCCCGCGUUCGUCUCCACACGGGCAAGUCGGCCCCCAACACAUACUUUGUUGGCCGUCGCGUCAAGGACUCGGUCUCGGGCAACUUUGCCCACGACUUUAUCAAGGUGGUCAACCUGACAUCGGCUGCUUGCUCGGCCGCGUUCCAGCUCGGCGCUGCUGAGACCAAGGUUGCCAUGGAUGGUCUGACUGCUAGCGAGCAGAUUGCCUACAUGCGCGCCAUGUCCGGCCACGUUCUCCGCAACUACAAGCAGGUCCUGUCCGCUGCGUACAACCUCAACGCACCUCUUGUCGACGACCUCGCAGAGCCCAUCGUGGGCGAGGAUGGCAAGUCCGAGUGCCCUGUCCUGACCGACAACUUUGCUGUCGCCAAGCGCGGCAUCGAGCUCGCCGCCCUCGGCGGUUUCGACAAGGUCACCUUUGACGGCGCCUCGGACACGUACCCGUCCAAGUGUGUCAUUCUCCAGGUCAGCUUUGAGAAGGCGCUCGAGCUCGUCCACCUUGCACACCAGGCCGGUCUAAUCACCUACAUGUCUGCUGGUUUCAAGUUUGACCACAUUGCCGACGCCGUGUAUUCUGGCGUCGAUGGCAUCGGCAUUGGCGGCGCGCAGAUCCUGCGUUACAUGGACAGCAAGACCGGUCACCACGGACCUUACACUGAAGAGUUUAUCGACCGCAUUGACGCGGAGCGCGACCAGGCCGCAAACUCGCUUCGCGGUCGCGGUGUCAACCUCCUGUGCCGUCUCGACCGCAUGUUUUACGAGGGAUCCAUCACCACGGACGAGGAGACCCUCCGCCAGCCGCUGUUCGAAUCCCUCCGCGACAUUAACGAGGAGGCGAUCACCAGCAUCCUCGCCUCGCCUGUGCUCGCUGGGAUUGUCGCCAUGGAGCACGACGGCGAGUCGCCUGUGCUCGGAAAUGCACACCGUCUACUCCGCAAGAAUACCAGCGACGCUCUGCUCAAAGCCAACGUUCCCGCCGCGUUUGCGGCCAAGUGGGACAAGCUUAUCCGUGACCUCUUCGCCUUGAUCAAGCACCCGGAUGAGGAGACUCUUGCCCAGUACUACCGCUCUCAGCCGUGGACUGAGCUCAGGGAGGAGUACGCCAAGACUAUGAUGACGACUCGCGGUGACAGGCUGUACACGAUCAAGACUGCGCCUCAUGCGCUUUGA